ACGCUGGUGGUUUCUGACACGGCGCUCUGCAUGUGACCAUCAGUGGUCGCUUGUCGCAGGAGGCUGCAGCAUCCACCUCACCGCCAUGGCGAUUACGGACUUCUUGGCCGCUUCGGACAUCACUUCUGCGAUAAACGCCUGCAAAGCAAAGGAUUCUUUCAGACCCAAGAUGUUUUUCAAAAUUGUGGGUUUAUCCAAGAAAACGCCGACAGAGAUCGAGAGGGUCUUCAAGAUUCUGGACCAGGACAAGAGCGGCUACAUAGAGCAGGAUGAGCUACAGCUGUUCCUGCAGAACUUCUCCAAAGGGGCGCGGCCUCUGACUGCAGCCGAGACCAGAGCUUUCCUCCUGGAGGGGGACUCGGACGGCGACGGGAAGAUCGGCUGGGAAGAGUUUUCUGCUCUUGUGAAGUCUGCAUAAGACCAGCACGGUCCCUAAACGACCCGCAGUGUGGGGGUAAUCUCAGGGUGGACUUAUUUUUAUAACCUUCUCUAAUAAAUAACUGGGACUCAUCAAGGGAUCGAAUGUGUUUGAACCUGCGUUAUGUUUUAAGG